ACAAUUCCCUGCACCAACAAGACAACUGCAUCGGAUCAACAUUUCCAAAAAACACAUCUUGAACUCAGGAGCGCAUAUCACUGUUAGCCUGAAGCCAGUGUGGUGGAAAAUAAUGAACUGUUAUCAGGAGUUGUUAAAAAAAAAAAAAUCAGGUUUGUGAAGCAUUGAUUUGGAUUAAUGUAUUUGGUUAAUGUGUGGAAACUUUUAUAAAUUGGUUUAAAGGAAAAAGCUUUGGACAUCAUCUGUCGUGAUGAAGAACAAAUCAAGCAUCGGCAAUGUGAUUCGAAACAAUGUGUGUCGUUUUUUCGGCACACGCCUCAAAGCUUCAGAUUAAAGGAAAUUAAAAUAUUUUCCUGAAAUUCAUCACCAACAACCAGGAUAUUUAACUAAGAGCAAAGUUAAACUGCUGAAAGAGGUAAAGCAGAAGCCUUCCUGAAGAAUCUCCAGAACACGCAGAAAUUGUUUGCUACAUUUAAAAGACAAAUGAAGCCAAGUCCCAACAUGGAGAAACAUCAGCACUCUGCCAAGAGUUUUACUAAACAGAGUGAUCUCAAAAAACACCAGCGCAUUCACACAGGAGAGAAACCGUAUCAAUGCUCAGACUGUGGGAAGAGUUUUAAUCAACAGAGUACUCUCCAACAACACCAGCGCAUUCACACAGGAGUAAAACCAUUUCACUGCUCAGACUGUGGGAGGAGUUUUAAUCAACAGAGUAAUCUCAAAAGUCACCAGCGCAUUCACACAGGAGAGAAACCGUUUCACUGCUCAGACUGUGGGAGGAGUUUUAAUCAACAGAGUACUCUCAAAAGUCACCAGCGCAUUCACACUGGAGUAAAACCAUAUCACUGCUCAGACUGUGGGAAGAGCUUUAAUCGACUGGAGACUGUCAAACAGCAUCAGCGCAUUCACACAGAAGAGAAACCAUAUCACUGCUCAGACUGUAGGAAGAGUUUUAUUACACAGAGUAAACUUAAAAUACAUCAGCGCAUUCACACAGGAGAGAAACCGUAUUACUGCUCAGACUGUGGGAAGAGUUUUACUGAACAGAGUGCUCUCAAAAAACACCAGCGCAUUCACACAGGAGAGAAACCUUAUUACUGCUCAGACUGUGGGAAGAGCUUUAAUCGACUGGAGACUGUCAAACGGCAUCAGCGCAUUCACACAGGAGAGAAACCGCAUCACUGCUCAGACUGUGGGAAGAGUUUUACUGAACAGAGUGCUCUCAAAAUACACCAGCGCAUUCACACAGGAGAGAAACCGUAUUGCUGCUCAGACUGUGGAAAGAGUUUUAAUCUACAGAGUGCUCUCAAAAUACAUCAACGCAUUCACACAGGAGAGAAACCGCAUCACUGCUCAGACUGUGGGAAGAGUUUUAAUCAACAGUGUAAUCUCAAAAUACACCAGCGCAUUCACACAGGAGAGAAACCUUUUCACUGCUCAGACUGUGGGAGGAGUUUUAAUCAACAGAGUCAUCUCAAAAGUCACCAGCGCAUUCACACAGGAGAGAAACCGCAUCACUGCUCAGACUGUGGGAAGAGUUUUACUACACAGAGUAAUCUCAAAAAACACCAGCGCAUUCACACAGGAGAGAAAAAUGUCCCAAAUUUGUCCCAUGGCAAUUAAAAGCGCAAAUCAUAAAUUCCACCAGAAACAAAUAUGAACUGUAUUUAACAAUGGAUUUUACAGGUUCAGCAAAACUAUUCUUAUCCAGGGAUGAUGUGUAUAGAAUUCCAUGUUAUGUUUGUAUGUCUUGUAAGUUUGAAUAUUCCAGGACAUUCUUUGUGAGACAGAGCUCAGUUUUUAGGUUAGUUACUGUUGCGCAGUAAGGUUACAGGCUCAUUCACUCCCUCUGCUGGUGUUCUUGUUUGUCUAUGGUUCAGUCCAAUUAAAAAUCUGUUACUAUAGAGGGAUAUAGAGAGAUAUUUGGUUGUGUUGUAUUACUCAAGUUUUAUACUCUCUUAUCUUUUCCUUAUUGAAUAUUAAAUGUUGCUUAUGGUUUUUUUAAUCUCCAAAGUUACUAAGAAUAUCCAAAUAAUGUAGUUUCUUAAUUGUUUUUAUCCAGUACAAACUAUUAUCUUUGUAUUACUUCACCUCUAUAUUUACCCAUGUGUGUUUUAAUAAACGGCUUUUAUAUUGCA